AUGGGACCGGUUGGGGCGCCGGCGCCUGGACCAACCAACGUGGUCAUCCUCAAUAAGAUCCCACCAGCUGUCACAGAGCAGCAGGUUGUGACCGGAGCCGGCCGGCCGGAUGAGGUUCUGCAGGUCAGCUUCCGGCCUGCAGAUCCAGAGGGGCCUGGCUGGGCCAUCCUUGCGUUUGCCACGCCCGAGAUUGCAAAGGCAGCGCGUGAUCGACUGGAUGGCAAGCCCCUGGUAGGCACUUCAACCAUCGUCGAUGCAGCCCUUGGCGAGGGCUUGCUUGGCAAAGUCCGAAGCACCAAUGAUCAAGACAGCCCGUGGAAGGAAGCCAGAACGAAAGAGGGGCAGGUCUACUACUACCACGCGGUAACCCGACAAACUCUUUGGGUAAAGCCGCCACCAGAGUUCCUUUCAGCUGCGCAGCUGAUGGCAGGCAGAAGUACGCAAUCGCGAUCAGCGGCAAAUCCUGGAGCUCAGGCACAAGCUGCCAUCCGAGCUGCCCAAGAUUCUGUUGCCGCAGCGCAUGGAAGCAACGAGCCCGCGGGCUCAACGACGUCGGGUCCUGUUGGUGCAAAUCUCUUUGUCUACCACAUUCCCAACAGCUGGGAUGACCAUAUUCUUCGUCAGCACUUCGAGCAUUUCGGCAAGAUCCUGAGCUGCAGGGUGCAGAAGGACGACAGCGGUCGGCCUCGUGGCUUUGGAUUUGUGUCCUUCGAUGCACCAGCAUCCGCUCAGGCCGCCAUUGCAGGGAUGCAUGGCUUUCCAGUCGAAGGCAAGUGGCUGAAGGCACAGAAGCAGGGCUCUGCUGAUCGUACGAGCAUCGAGUGUGCCGCUAGAAACUAG